UUCACGCACGCCUCACCGGCGCGCUCGCUCAUCGCGCAGUGGCAGCUCAGCUUCAUCGUCCUCACGCCGCAAUGGCUAUGCAGAAGGUCGUUCGUCAGCCCGAGCGUCCCGCAGAUCCCGCUCCCCCAUGUCAAACAGGCGCCGCCAUGUGGGCACACGUGAUGAUCCUGUCCCUAACAAGUGCCUGGGUGUGUUCGGCCUCAGCACGCUCACCAAGGAGUCGCAGCUGCAGGACAUCUUUGAUAAAUUUGGAGAGAACACGGUCAAGAUUGUGACUGAUGCCAAGACUCAGACAUCCCGAGGGUUUGGUUUUGUUUACUUCAAGUCUAUAAAGCAUGCCACGGCUGCCAAAGAAGCUUGUACUGGCAUGGAAAUAGACCGGCGCCGCAUACGCGUGGACUUCAGCAUCACGCAGCGCGCCCACACACCCACUCCAGGCAUCUACAUGGGCCGCCCCACAAUCCGCAGUGAUCGCUAUAGUAGCUAUGGUGCUGGCGGUGGUGGAUAUGGCGGCAGCUACAGCAGAGGCGGUGGCUACAGAGACCGUGACCGCGAGAGCCGCUACCAACGCUCCCCCCCUCGCUACCGAAGCAGCUACUCCAGAGACGGCGCAGGCUAUGGCGGCGGUGGCGGUGGUGGUGGUGGCGGCGGCAGCAGCUCUUCAUACCGCCGUUCAUCACGUUCCGAUUAUUACGGCGGGGGCGGCUCCGGCCGAGAUUAUGAAGCCUCGGCAUCUGGUUAUGAUCGCGGAGCAAGCAACUACCGCAGCGGUGGUGGAGGUGGCAGCUACGAGCAGCGUGGCGAGUAUCGACACGAGCGCAGCUACAACGGUUCGGGUGCGAGUGCCGCCCCAUAUGACGCUCGCUCCUACGACCGUUCGUAUGAGCGGAGCUACGAGCGUAGUGGAUACCGCUCUCGAUCUCGCUCUGACUCGCGUGGGCGUUAUCGCUACUAAUUGCCUCGAGGGAGCCGUCGAUGCAAGAGUCUCGAGGCGUCUCUGUGUGCAGCACGCGAGGUUCCCAUGAACAGCGGCUUAUUCGCUCCACUUGUCUUGAUAUCAUUUAAUAUUCUUGACUGUUCUAACUUCAGGAUAUCCUCUCUUAGUAUUGUACCAGUGCAAGUGUCGUUAUGUUCAGUUCUUCACUAGCAACAGACUCUGUAAUGUCAUGUUGGUUUUUCGUAACGUAAUUUGCGUGGACGAUCUCCUUGAAUUUAAUUUAACAAAUACAGAACGAAAUCUUUCAAAUAUCAGUUUAUGCUAAAUUUUCGAGGUCAUGAAUUUCUCAUCUCGUUAAUAGUUUGACUUUUUAAAGGUGCGUGUGCGAAAACUCCAGGCUUUGAUUUUGCGUUGCACAUUUCUACCGAUAUUUGAAGGCGUUGAUAUUUUUAUCAAGGUUUAAAAAUAAUUUUUACUUAACGCGAGAAAUGUCGAAUAUUUGAAUAUGUUCAUGAAAGACAUUAAUUGGGAAUGAAAACCGCAUAGAAGUGCGAGCACGAAAACUUUCGUUUUGUCUCAAUGAGGCAUCAAAUCUUGAUAGUUUUUCUCAGACCUGAUGAAGAUAGUACAAAUUUGUUUUUCUGAUGUGCUUUCGUUCGUUGGGUGAAGAGAUGAGAAAAUACUUUGAUUCGUCCUGUAUUAAAGAAAGCGACAUAAAUUGGCUCUUACUAUCCACUACAUCUCUUGAAGUAAAUUCAAGGAUUGUUCUUGAAUUCCUAAACACGAUUUGCUGUGUAGUGUUAGUACGAGUUCAUUUCUGUACCAUUCUGCUAACGAUUUUGUUGUACAUAUUGAAAAUUUCUUUGUAAAUAGUUCAUAAUUCGGAUCAAAUUCUGUCGCCUCGCUCGGAUUCUAGUCACCUCGUUUAACGAUAUCUAAAUCCUUAGAAGAAACUUGAACUUGGAUCACUUGCGUGUCCGGUUUCCAUUUGAGCUUAAACUUGCACCUAAAUUCUGAUGAGCAAGGGUAACUGGUUUUAAAUUGAUUAAACGCCAGAAAAGGUGGAAUUUAAAGCAUUUCUGAUACAAUUUUUCCGUUGUGAGGUUUUUGCGAGGUACCACAUUCUGAGCGCCUCUCGCUUUUGGCAGAAUUGUGGUGCCAAUUCUAAUCAAUUUGUGCAUUAUCGUCCGACAAUGCGAGCGAGACUAAAAAUGUUGUGUACAUAUUUCUAUGGUAAGAAUUAAUCAUGCAAGUUCUUUUUUUCAUGUAUGCUGUAAAUUUUCAAACGUGUGCUUAGCGUACUUAAAUGCUUUCAUUUCGUGUUUUCACAAAACCUUGAUUACAUUUUGUCGUUAAGUAAAUCAUGAAACGUUGAUCCAGAGUUGAGCCUUCCGAUCUCCAAGUUGUCCCGAACUGAGUCUCCUUUUACAUCACGAAUCGCACUUCGUAUUUUCGUUAUGGGCAUUAUGUAUUGCAACUUGAUUGUCAGAUCAUCCUAAGGUCUCCUGAUUUCACUAGUAAUACAUUCAAUCGAAUUGAAUCUGCCGACUCAUCAAUACUUACGUAUAUUUUGGUGUUCGUAGUAAUUAUUCUGCCUAUUUUGUUUUGUGCGGCUUAGAAAGUUUUGGCGUUUUAAUACUUGAUUAAUAAAACGUAUGCAGUCAAUUUGUGUUUA